UCUGCUCUCUUUCGGAUUAACUCUCGGAACAAACGUUCUGAAGCUCUCCCUUUGCUUUGAAUAUCUUCAUCAUGACUUUUGAGGAAGUUCUGAUCCAGAAACCCGCCGAGCGUGCUCAGUGCGCCGGCAAAGCCAUGGAGGAGGUCCUGGUGACCGCUCAAGACAACGGCGCCCUCACCGUUGGUGUCUACGAGUGCGCAAAAGUUAUGAAUCUUGACCCGGACAGUGUGUCUUUCUGCGUCCUGGCCAUGGAUGAGGAUUUCCAGUGCGACAUCGCUCUGCAGAUCCACUUCACCCUCAUCCAAUCCUUCUGCUUCGACAACGACAUCAGCAUCGUCAGAGUGAGCGACAUGCAGCGUCUGGCUGAGAUUGUUGGUGACAAGGCGGAGCAGCUUGAAGAUGCUCACUGCGUCCUCAUCACGAACCCAGCUGAUGGGUCUUGGGAGGACCCUGCUCUGGAGAAGCUGCACCUGUUCUGCGAGGAGAGCCGCAGUCUGAGCGACUGGGUUCCUGAGAUCAGCCUCCCCGAGCGUUGAUCUGGGCCUCGGCUCCUCUCUUGCUCAGAUGCUGUGAAGCUUCUUAUCUGGAAAUACUCAUCCUGAUGAACAGGAUGACCCUGUUUCUGCUCAUCCCUGGAUACUCCUGAGGAGGAUUCCCGUCCAGGCAGCACGGCGCCGGCCCCGAGAGGGCCCCC